CACUUCCCCUCCUCCUUCCGCCAGACCACAAACACCACCAGCACCAACCUCCCGCGCAACCCCCGGCAGAUACACACCCCCGACCGACCAUUGAUCCUCAAAGCAGGUCAGCACCACCAGUACAAGGACCAACGACGACGACGACGAUAGCCACAGCCACAGCCACAGCCACAGCAACAGCAACGACAGCAACGACGACAGCAACGACGACAGCCACACGUGAAAUCGCCUCGCCCUCCUCUUCGCUUCACUCACGGAACUCGCGUAGGUCAACUACAACUCGUCGCAACACAACAGACCGUCAACCAUGACUAGUUUGCGUCCCCAUGUGCCCAAGACAUAUGCCGCCCCCACCUCUGGGGUGACCAAGCAUUCGUCCCGCUCCAGCACCAUUCCAGACACCAUCUAUGACAAGCACACGGGCUCCAAAUACGUGCGCGGCAGCUUCCUCGGAAAGGGUGGCUUUGCGUACUGUUACAAGCUCACAGAUGUCAAGACCAAGAAGGUCUACGCAGGCAAGAUUGUGUCAAAGGCCACUCUUACCAAGCACCGCGCUAAGGAGAAGCUCCGCUCCGAGAUUCAGAUCCACAAGAGCCUGAGGCACAAGCACGUCGUUGACUUUCACAGCUUCUUUGAGGACGAGAACAACGUCUACAUUCUCCUUGAGCUGUGCCCCAACCAGUCGAUGAUGGAGCUGCACAAGCGCCGCCGGGCGCUGACGGAGGCCGAGGCGCGCUACUACCUCGUGCAGAUUGUGCUGGCCACCAAGUACAUGCACAAGCGCAAGGUGAUCCACCGUGACCUCAAGCUGGGCAACCUCUUCCUCGGGUCGCGCAUGGACGUCAAGGUUGGCGACUUUGGUCUCGCCACCACCGUCACAUACGACGGCGAGCGCAAGAAGACGCUGUGUGGAACACCAAACUACAUUGCGCCCGAGAUUCUUGAAGGACGACAGGGCCACAGCUUUGAGGUGGACGUGUGGUCGAUUGGCUGCAUCCUGUACACGCUGCUGGUGGGUAAGCCCCCAUUUGAGACGCGCGACAUCAAGACAACCUACCGCAAGAUCCGCCACAACGACUACAACAUCCCUGCCGCCGCCAAGGUGACAAGCGACGCGGAGAAUCUGAUUCGCAACCUGCUGCACCCGGAGCCCACCAAGCGGCCAAGCCUUGACGCAAUCCUCGAGCACCCGUUUGUCACCGCCCACUUUGUGCCGGCCACGCUGCCUGUGAGCGCGCUGACGGUGCGUCCCACCUUCAGCGGCACCCCCGCCAUGGCUGUGCACGACCUUGUUGAUGGCGACAGCCACCACCACGCGCACCCCCGCGCGCAGGCACCGGCAGCAGUGCACGACACGCGUCGUGGCGCAUCAGGCGCAAAGGCGACGCGGCAGCCACUCAGCAGCAUCAACAACCAGCUUCCAGGCACCACCACCACAUCCGCACCCAUGAAGAAGGUGGCUGCUGCCCCGGUGCCGUCGUCAUCAUCGCGCUCCAAGCUCGAGAAACUCCACAAGCGCCUCUUCAACGUCACUGCCGAGCAGGCAAAGGCAUCUACAUCCUUCCUCCCAGCCCCUGCGCCCUCUGCGGAGACGCGGCGCGGCGUUGCUGUGACCAAGUGGGUCGACUAUUCGUUCAAGUAUGGCCUUGGCUACCAGCUCUCUGACGGCACCGUUGGCGUCUUCUUCAACGACCACACCAAGAUUGCCCUCGCCGCAGACCUCAAGCAUGUUGAGUUUACGGACCGGGACUGCCGCGGUGGCAAGGUGACUUGCAUGACGCUGGACGCAUACCCUGAUGAGCUCAAUAAGAAGAUCACCCUCCUCAAGUAUUUCCGCGAUUACAUGAGGGAAAACCUGCAAGAUGGUCCCGAUGCCAUGCUUGCGGACAAGCGUGUGUAUGAGCCUGGCCUGGCCGUCGUGAACAAGUGGCUGCGCACCAAGCACGCCAUUGUUUUCCGCAUGAACGUGGGCGUCGUGCAGGUCAACUUCUUUGACCACUCGAAGCUUGUGGUGAACGGGCCACGCGACACCGUCACCUUCAUCAAUACCGAGGGCGAGACCAACACGUACUUCCUGGACGACGUGGCCAAGAGCAACCACCCAUCGCUGGAGAACCUCAGCUCGCGCCUGACAUAUGUCUCCGAUAUUGUUGACCACAUGGUCUCCAAACAACGCAGCACUGCCACCACCAGCUCCGAGGCAACUGCGUAAUUCCUCGGCUGUCGAGUGUGUGUGUGUGUGUAUGUGUGUGUGUGCCUGUUUGUGCAGGGACGCCGUGUUUACCAGUCGUGCGAGAUGCUGAGAUGCAUAUGCACGCACUGUGUUUUCACACCAAUGAUCCCAAUGUUCAUUUGUUGUCCUGCACCCAUUCCCAUGAGCGUUUUCCCCCUCUUUGACUUUCAUCUCUGCUUCUUGUUUUCUUCUCCCUCUCUUUUUUCUUUGUGUUUCCGCCUUUUAUGAGCAUGUGCGAGGUGAUGAAGGUGUUGCCGUGGGGGGGGGGGGGGGUUGAG